UUAAGCGUGCUCUUAACCUUCUAUCAGACUCAUAGAGGCUGAUGUUUAGAUGUAUGACUGUGUUAUUGCCCCUGUGCCUGUUAGCGUGCUGCUAACUCGAUGUCGCUGGUGUUUUAAACAUCAACAUGUUUAAUGAUUGAUUAAUCAUUUAUUAAGUUAAAUGCCAAACCAUCACUGCUGCAAACAAUUGGACAUUUUGACUUGGGGCACUGGGACUUUAUAAUGGGCAUUUGUUCACAGUUUGUUGACAUUUUAUAGAAGAAACUGUCAAUCAAAUUAUAAAUGCAUAGUUUAUUUAUAAUAAAUCUAAUCGUUACUUGGAGACCUAGGAUUUAGUACUUGGUCUGAUCAGGAAACAAAAGAUUCAGUGCGUCCUAAAUGAAAACCCUUAACAUUUGUAACUCUGUGACCAUAAAUAUUGCUUGUUAAAUGAGGAAAACAUCUUAUUAGUGAAAUUUAAAUAGAUUAUUUUCUUUAACUAAAUCCCAAAUCUCUACUGUAUGAAAAAAUCUGCCCCACCUUAUAAAUGGAAGUGCAACUCGCAAAACUAGGUAGAGAAAGUUAUAAUGCUGUGUUGUGAACUACUGAUUUUCUUAUUGAUUUCCUGUAGUAACUGUUUCAUCCUUAACCCGUCUUUCAGAUUUGACUUGAAGCGUCCGUUAUGCCUUUUCAUAAAUACUCCCCCAAAAUCUGGGACGUCCUAAAGCUAAAGCAGGGCAUCUACGCUCGUCUGCCCACACACUACCUUAAGUCCCUCGAGCAGAAAGAGCCACAACCCGUCCACUGGAAGCCUUUGGGAGUCCAGUACCAAGCCAACCCAACAACGGGGCAGAAGGAGCGGGUACAGGACGUCCCGGUACCCAUCUACUACCCUCCGCACUCCCAGGACGGCCUGUGGGGAGGAGAGGGCUGGAUAUCAGGCUUCAGAUAUGCCAAUAAUGACAAAAUGUCGACUCGUCUGAAGAAGACCUGGAAACCACAGCUGUUCAAGAGAGAGUUGUACAGCGAGAUCCUCGAUCACAAGUUCACCAUCACAGUCACAGCACGCACUCUGAACCUCAUCGACGCCGCCUUCGGAUUCGACUUCUAUAUUCUCAACACGUCAAAGGAAGACCUGAACUCCAAGUUGGGGGAGGACCUGAAGAGGGCCAUGUUGCUUCGCCUGGCACGCAGAAACACAGAGCUUUACCCCUCCGACCCCGUCAAGGGAGAGAAGGUCUACAUCAAAUACAAGCAGUUUGAGAUCCCGGAGGAGGAGGCCGAGUGGUUGGGUCUGAGUCUGGAGGAGGCCGUGGAGAAACAGAGGCAGCUGGAGCACAAGGAGCCGGAGCCUCUGUUCAAGGCCUGUGUGGAGGAGCUGGUGGAGGAGCUGCACAUCCAAAAACUCUCGGAGCCACACCUCCAUAGAGAAUAAGUGAAGAAGCGAACCGUCUGAGCGGGACAGAGGCAUCUUUUCAUACUGAAAAAUGAAGUAGGUUGAGCUGUCAAGCUUCUCCAGACUGUGGUGGGAGUUACACGGUUCCUGAAACGUUUUCACCCGGGAGAACAUCCUGCAGUAUCAGCUUGUAUUUCCAUCUGAGAGCAACACAAAGGUGGAAAAGACACAAAUGAUGAGGCCAUGUUGGAGUAAUGCUUAUUUAUUUCCCCUCACAUUUAAGAUCCAUACAUAAGACAUUUUAGGAAUUAAGAGAAAAGCCUCCGUUAGUGUAAAUACUCCCUGACCAGUUGUGAUAUCAGGCCCUUGUACAGGAUAUCCAAGAAAUAAAAGAUUCCUUUUUUUCUUAAA